ACAAACACUGUGACCGCGUGCUUCCGCACAACAGCAGGUCAGCUGAUUGAAGCGGCACGCGGAAACUGUAAAGUCAAUUGCAAAGCGCCAGCAGAUCUCCAAAGUAGCCUGGGAUAAGAAUACAUCCACUAAUAUAACCAUUUAAUGUUGACAGCAGCGGAUUUUCUGACGUGAGCAGGACUUUGGUUUUCAACGCAGAUAGCUUAUCUUCAAAAACACAGGCUGUCAUCAUCAGGAGAAAGUUAUGGCACACAACGAGUCGUUGGUCGCAUUGAAUGGGACUCAGAUUUCCUACAUUGGACAUGACUGUAAGGACAUUCCAGACUUCCUUGGGGACACAUACGGCCACUUUGCAAGAAGGCUGGAUCUGAGCUUCAAUCAGCUCAGGUCACUGGCAGGCCUCAAAAUGUUCACUGAGCUGGAAGAGCUGGUCGUCGACAACAAUCUGCUUGGAAAUGACCUGCGGUUGCCCAGGUUACCCAACCUCCACACCCUGACACUCAAUAAGAACCAACUGACUGAUAUCGAGGCCCUGCUGGAACACUUGGCUGACGUGACCCCGUCACUGGAGUACCUAAGCCUGCUGGGAAAUGAGGCCUGCCCCAACCAGCUGGUCAGCCCGGAUAAGGAUGAGGACGACUACCAGCGAUACAGGUAUUUUGUUCUGCACAAGUUGCCCCAGCUGAAGUUCCUGGAUACCAGGAAGGUAACCAGAAAAGAAGUGAUGGAGGCACAGGCAAGAGGAGCAUUCAUGAAAGUGGUCAAACCCAAAUCAGAAGCUCCACCUAAUGAGGCUGGACCUGAGAGUCACCCACAGCCCUACACUCCUCUACCUCGAGGGUCCAGAGAUGCCAGGAAUCACAGAGGGGUAUUCGCCAAGUGUCGCUACGUCUACUACGGCAAGCACUCAGAAGGCAACAGAUUCAUCCGAAACGACCAACUCUGAUGGACAGCUGGCACAAAGAGGGACAUGAGUGACAGUGGAUGUUAACAGUAUGAAAGAUGAUCAAAUCAAGCUUGUAUUUAUGAAAAGCACUGGUGACAUUUAAGUCAUGUGAUCUCCCACUGGAAAAAGGUUUAAACUUUAUCAAAAGCCAUUGUUGUGGUUAUGUAAGGUGAAUGUUUUUCUUCUUCUUCUUUUUUUUUUUUUAAAGAUCAUAUUCCAGCCCCAUAGUUAUGGCCUCCUCUGCUGAGCUCGGUCUGUUUCUGCCUCCCUGCUUCCAGCUCAGAGUCAGAGUCAGAGAUGACACUCCCACUGACAUGAUUGCCUCUAAGCAUCAGCAACCGCACAACUACAGACACACACACAUACACACACACACACAAAAGGACAGUCUCUCUCUCUCUCUCUCUCUCUCUCUCUCUCUCUCUCUCUCUUGUUCUCUUACACACAGCCAGUGACAAACAGACCCAGCCAAUUGCAUCCUUUUCUUUGACAGCUAUGAUGGAUCACCCGUCCGCUACCACCACUAAUCAAGGGUGAAAGGGGUGACGGUCACCCACCUGGGGCCUGACAUGGACUCAUCUCUCUCUCUGUCUUUCUCUCUUUUCUCUCUCUCUCUCUCUCUCACACACACACACACACACACACACUCACACUCACACACAUAACUGCUGUUUAAAACAUUAAGACACUGCAGGGAGUUUGAUAGAACAAGGUUUAUACAGCUUGGUUAAACAUUUCUUAGAUUUUCAGUCCAAACUUGAGGCACGAUCAGUCUUGUUUAGUUUGCGGCAGAGUGCAGAGAACUCUUCCUCCUUUUAUUUGAAUGAAUUGCAUUGUAUCGGUUUUAUCUUAAAAGAGAAAGAGAAACUGUUUUGAAAAGUCAAACAUAUAUGUGAUAUUUGUCCGGUGAUCUGGUCAGUUUCUGUUGAGAAUAAGUACAUGUUAGCACAUGUGUUAUUUUUUGGGAGAGGUGAAUCAAAUGCAGCUUUUGAAGUUAAAAACAUUCCAAUCUCAGCUUUAAUGAAGAGCAGAGUUGUAACUGAGGCGUGAAUUCCAGGCAUUUCAUUGUGUAUUAUGGUGCCAUUUACUUUAUUGUGCCUGUCCCUGACUGUCUGUCUUCAAGCAGUUAACCUGUUCAUACUGAAAUAUUCCCUUCAUUAUUUGCAUCACAUUGUUAUGAAUUGUAAACAAACUAUGAUGCAUAAUCUUCAGAAAAUUGCAUAUGCCCAUACAGUUGCCCCAAAUAUUUCCAAAUACAUUUUUUAAUGUUUACAUUUUAUAAUGCUUUUAUCAUCUUCAUGGUUUUAUGGUGAACUCGUAAUGUGUUUAUGGUGAUUUGUAACUUUUCACAGCAACCAGAGGUAAAGGUCUGCCAUUUUGUUAACAUCUUCUUUUAUAGUUCUCCAGGCAACUUUCCAAUCUGAAAUUCUGAGAUGAAUGAAUGAUGUAAAGAGGCUGAUUUGAUGUAAAAGUGUAAUAUACUGGAUGUCUUCAAGUGAUUAAAAGGCUUAACAUGUGUCCCCUGUCAAACUGA